GUAUUCAGUCCACCCCUUCUCAGUCCUCUCACGAUGUGGCAUCAAACAUCCAAAGCCAGUGCCUUUCUUUGGCAACUUAUUCAUGUUUCAGCAGGGGCAAUUAAGAAAAACGGCAUGCAGACCUCAUGCUUGAACAGCACUGCAAGUAGCAACUGCGAUGGCCGGGAACUGAACCCAGGUCAACUGCUUGGAAGGCAGCUAUGCUCGCCACUAUACCACCAUUGCUGAGUAAUAUGCAACAUUUGUUCUAUUAAACUGGGAUUAAGCUCCUGUUUAAACGUUUUAUUUUCAGUUUUUAUAGGGUUGUCAGUUGACCAUUAUGUUUUAUAAAUUGAUCACUUAUAAAGUCAUGGCUGUGAUAAGCCGAUGUGCUGUUAACCUUCUCUGCGAUUUCAGUUAUACAAACAGUAAAUAAUGUGGAUAUUUUUAGUCUGUCUGAUGUUUUUUUUUCCACAUUCUUUUCAGGGUUUUUUCAAACCUAUGACUUAUCUAAUAAAAACACAUGGUAGAGUUUGUGGGUAUUAUCUGGGGCGCAGACCAAUUGUGAUAAUAGCGGAUCCUGAUAUGCUCAGACAGUUGAUGGUCAAGGACUUCAGUAGCUUCCCUAAUAGAAUGGCUUUUCGCUUUGCCACCAAGCCCAUGACUGACUGUCUACUCAUGCUGAGGAAUGAACAAUGGAAGCGAGUACGGAGCAUCUUGACCCCAUCCUUUAGUGCUGCCAAGCUGAAAGAAAUGGUUCCAUUCAUCAACAUAGCCAUCGAUGCCCUGAUGAAGAAUUUAAAUGGCCACGCUGAGUCAGCACAGGCCUUUGACAUCCACAAGUGCUUUGGCUACUUUACCAUGGAUGUUAUUGCCAGUGUGGCAUUUGCAACUCAGGUGGACUCACAGAACAACCCAGAUGACCCGUUUGUCCACCACGCUCAGAUGUUCUUCAAUUUUUCCUUCUUCAGGCCCAUUUUGUUGUUUUUCAUGGCUUUUCCUUUCCUUGCCGCUCCCAUGGCAAAAUUUAUCCCCAACGAAAGACGAGAUAAGAUGAAUAAUUUCUUCAUUAACAGCAUUCAGAAGAUCAUCAAACAGAGAGAGGCGCAGCCUCCUGAGGAGAGACGUAGAGACUUCCUUCAGCUGAUGUUAGAUGCUCGAACCACCAAAGAGAGUGUGUCAUUGGAGCACUUUGACACAUCAAAUGACCCCGAGGAGAUCGAACACAGGAACCAGGAGACCCAGCCUUCGGGCUCGGUUCAGGAAAAUGACCCUCCUCAUUCACAGGAGCCGUCUGUCAGGCGUCCACAGAAAAAGAUGAUGACUGAGGAUGAGAUUGUUGGUCAGGCUUUCGUCUUCCUCCUGGCAGGCUAUGAAACCAGUAGCAACACUCUGGCUUUCACCUGCUACCUCUUGGCCCUCCACCCUGAAUGUCAACUCAGAGUCCAGAAAGAGGUGGAUGAUUUCUACACUAGACAUGAAUCACCCGAUUACACAAAUGUCCAGGAGCUGAAGUAUUUGGACAUGGUUAUAUGUGAAGCAUUACGCCUCUACCCUCCUGGAUUCAGGUUUGCACGAGAAGUUGACCAUGACUGUGUAGUGAAUGGCCAGUUCCUUCCUAAAGGAAUAACAGUGGAGAUCCCUGCAGGCUUCCUCCAUUAUGACCCGGAACAUUGGCCAGAGCCUGAGAAGUUCAUCCCAGAGAGGUUUACACCAGAGGCCAAGGCCAGUCGACAUCCAUUCGUAUACCUACCGUUUGGGGCCGGCCCUCGUAACUGUGUGGGAAUGAGGCUCGCCCAGCUUGAAAUCAAAAUGGCUUUAGUGCGCCUGUUCCACAGCUUCAGCAUUGUGGCCUGCUCUGAGACCAAGGUUCCUCUGGAGUUGAAGUCAUCAAGCACUCUUGGACCUAAAAAUGGCAUUUUUGUGAAAAUCACAAGAAGGGACCAAAGAGAUGGUCCAUUCAGUUCUCCAUCAGAUGAUUAGACACUAACCUGAGGGUCAGGGUCUUAAUGUAUCAUACCUUUCCUUUGAUUUACAGCAAAAUAUUUCCAUAGUUACUGACAUUCUGCAUACCUCAAUGAUUCAGCCCACACAGUGAUGUGAAAAGUCGAUGAUAAUGAUAAUAUUGCCGCUGUAAUGAUAAAGACAGUGGCACAAAAGUGCUGUUGAUCCAAGUGCUCUUUACCGGUCUCUCUCUUUUGGAUACAGUUUAGGUCUUUUUGAACUCCCUGCUGAUGGGUGCACCAUGCAGGUUAUUCAUUUGUGAGUGUGCUACAACACAACUCUGAAUGGCACUUCUCACAGUCACAUAUUUCCACUUUAAGUGAGUCGAAUUUACAAAAGAAUAACAUAUUUUUGGCAAAAAAGUUGGUUUUUGUUACUGAUACACUGAAAUCUUUGAUGGAGCAUGCAGUGGUCGUAACUCUGUGCCACCAAAGCUGCUAUUUGAGGGUGAAGUAAGUGGUUUUAUAAUAGGAAAGAAAAUCUUUGUUGUUUUGUUCCUGAUGACCCUUGUCACUGUUACAUGUUACAAUAUUACAUGUCUCAGGAUGUGAAACACUCACUGCACUUUAAGUCUGUGGGACAAAACAUUAGAAUCCUUUAAUUACCUGUGUUGAUGAACUCGUUCAUUGUUGUUAUUGCACCUUUUUGGAACAUCACAGUUUCCUAUACUCAUAUCCAAUCUGUCAAUUUUGAUUUUUGGCCAUUACUUGAGAAACUGCAGUGCUGAAAUGUUAUUAGGCCUCAAUAUAAAUGAUCUAAAAGUGUUUUAUUGAUGAUUCAUUCAAAUCUUUCUAAGAAACAAAAGGAUCUGUUUAAUUGAUUUACAUAUAAAAUGGGUGAAAUGCAGCUUGUUGUUGAUGCACAUAUAUAAAUAAAGUGGUAACAUUGCUCCUUUUUUCAGUUUUGCAAUGUGUUUAUUUUGCAACAAAACAAACAAUCCAAUCUUAUCUUAACACCAGAUCAUCUGUUGUCCUUGCUAAGGCUUGCACUGAUGUACUUUGCUAAGCGUUUCUGCCUAAGGAUAUACUUCAAGCAUGAAAGCAGAAAUUUUGUGUGGAAAAGUUUCAAGUGCAAAAUAAGGAUUUUCUGAUACAUUUCAGGAAAAACCAUUAGAAUGAUUUCAAGUUAAGUCCCUUAUCAAGAUAAUAUUAUAAUACUGAAAAUACUGCAUACUGUAAUCUAAUAGUUUGCUAGUUUUAUAGUAACCUUUCUCACUCUCAACUUCUGAUACAUUAUGAUUAAAAGAUUUCGAAGAUUUGUAGAAAUCACCACAAUUUCACAAGGCCGAUGACUGCGACUUAUUGAACUGCAAUCAGAAAGUAUCAUGCAGGCAGCCUGGGCUUUUAAUAAUAUUUGCUGUAAAAUUCCUAAAUAAUUGUCAUCUUUUAGGAAUGAUUUGAAUUUUCUUAAGCCCAAAAUAGUUGAGGAGUUGCUGUAAUGCGAAGCGCACAUGUUAAAUAUAGCAGAGCUGAUUUUUCUCUCUGUGGUCAGACGACAGUGCUUUGUGUUUCUGAGACACACCAAAUAUUUAUAAACCUGCUCUUAUUUUCUUUCAGAAACUGGUUGAAUUUUGUCUCUAGCACAAACGGUAACAGAGUUGAAAAAACUUACAUGACACUGCAUUUAAAACGGACAUGAGAAAUCCCUGUCACUGUCACUGAGCAUGUCACAGGAAUAAGAAGGUACAUUUAAAAUUAAAGGCUAUUUAUACAUAUGAGCUCUGAAUAAUCAAAAUGUAAAAUGAAAACCUGUGGAGUGUUCAUUAGUUGCAUUUUUUAAACAUUUUGUCAUUAUCUGUGUUAACUAUUAAAUUAUUUUAAUCAUUUUUCUACAUUUGCAAAAUUCUAAACUUUCAAAUCCACCACGAAACUAAAGAACAUCUCAUCCACAGAGUUUCACUAGUCUG